AUGGGAGCAAACCAAACAGUUCCUUCUUAUCAAACAAUAGGAUCUGCUCUUCAAAAUGUUUGUUAUACAGGAGAGCAGCCAGGAUUAUCUUUUCUUCAUACGCAUUCUGUCGAUAUGUCCACAAACUUUACUCAAAUUUUAAAUAUUGGACCUCGUAUUUAUCCUUUAGCCCUUAUUGAUCAAUCACACGAAGAAAUAUUCCCAGGAAGUUAUUCAGCCAUUUUGAAAACAGAAAUCGAAGGAAUUGAAAUCGAAUCAGUUCUAAAUUCAGAAAGCAUUGACGUUACAUCAACCAUUCCUUUCACAGAUGAUAUCACAUUUGCAUUAAAUGCAUCAUGCUUACCAACAUAUGACAUUUCUUUCAACACAAAAGUCAUAACUAACAUGAUUAACGCAUCAAUACAAGCGAAGACAGUCGAUAACUUCAAAAAUUUGUAUCUAAGUACAGAAACAAAUGUAGCUUUGUCAAAUUCUCUCUUAGUUGGCGGUGCAUAUACCAUCGAUCUUGAAAAAUUCAGACAAGGAUUCGAAUUAAUGGCAUCAUUCCAAACACUUCGUAAUUUAUUCUGUUAUACUUACAAUCAUACAAAUUCUAUUUCAACAUUUGGUUGGAAUUUCACAAUAAAUAACGGAGCUUCGAUUGGAAGUAAGAUACAGGUUGAUCAUGAUGCAAAUAUUAAGGUUGGAACACUCGGUUACAACAUGGUCAUAGGAAAUAACUCUGUUUGUGCUUCAAUUUCAUCAGAAUUAUCAACAUGCGCAAAAUUUGUUAGAGAUACAGGAAAAGGACUUACAGUUUCUGUUGGCUUGACUUCUAAUAUGCUCAAACAAAUUAAUGCUAUAUCUCUUGGCCUUCAACUUGAUACGGGAAAGCAAAUUUAA